AUGGCCCAGGCCGAGCCGGGGGCGCUGCCGCUGCUGGCGGAAGUGGCGGGCUGGGGCCCGGAGCGGUGUCGCCGGCAGCUGCCGGCCGCCCUGCCGCGCUUGCUCUCGGUGUACCAGGUCACUGAAAAUUGGGCGCACCUUAUUUGUGUCUUAAGGACCAUAACAGAGAGAUUUCUACCUCACCUUAAUAUUUCUGAGCUAGAGCAAGCAUUUUUCUCUAAAAUAUUACCAAAGACAGUGCAGUUAUUUGAUCUUUUAACAUAUGAAAUAUCCAGCCAGGCCAAGCAAUUAACAAAGCAGAAUGUGGAGCUACAUGAGACGUUAAGGAACCAUCUGCAGGCGCUGGUGCAUGUGCUGGAGGCCUUGACCGGGUGCGUGCGCCAUAUUUGUGCUGCGCAGGAGACGGUGCCCUUGGAGCAUGUCCACAGCCUUCCCUCCUCGGUUCUCCAUGUAAUCAAGAGCGCAUUUAUGCAUUGCAAGAACAGUGAAUCCUUGUACAACGAUUGUCUUCACUUGUUUUCUGAUUUACUCCAAACCCUGUUUAAGGAGGGCUAUGCUCUGCAGAAGCAGCUUAUGGAAUUGCUUGAGAUGGUAUCUGUGGACUCUUGCACUGCUGAAGACAGUGCAGCUGUUAUGGUAUCAGUGAUCCACAGUGUGCUGGAGAUUUGCUCUGCUAUUUCCAGAAUAGACCAUGCCCUUCAUGCAAAUACAUGGAAGUUCAUAAUCAGGCAAAGUCUCAAGCACAAGUCCCUGAUAAAGAACAGCUUGAAACAUUCUGAUAUCUUCAGCAGCCUCUGUGAGGACAUCCUGUUUUAUUUCCAGUCUUGUUUGCAGUUGGCCGAGCAGAUGAAACGGUCUGGUACACAGGAGAACACUGAUUACAAGUUGUUUCAGAGGACAAUCAAAUUGUGCAGAUUCUUUGCCAAUUCCCUGGCACACUACACUAAGGAGUUCACGCCUUUCCUGGCAGAUUCCUGCCCUCAGCUUCAUCGGACGUACCUUGAAAUAUACAGCAAGCUUCCUCCAAGCCUUCAUGCGCCGGUGAUUUCCGAAGCUCACCAGGAUGAAAUAGCGAAGGGGUUCCUGGUGGUGCUGGAUUCCCUCCUCCCAAAACUGCUCUCUUCUCGGCCUUUCCUGGAAGUGGUACUAAGCACAACUCUAGAUCUCGCCCCCGAGCUCCACCUCCCGCAGUGCCGUCUUCUGCUUUCUGUCAUGGACUUGCUGCCAUCCCAGCCCCAGGACGUGCAGGCCCUGUGGAAUGCGGGAAGUCGGCUCCCGCAGGCGUUUCCCAGGUGGCCGUUGCUCGCAGCCCUGUUCCUCAGCCUGCGGCACUGCUGUGGGGAACUCGUCCUUCCCUUUUUGCCGGGAGCAGAGCAAGCCGAUGGCCCGGUCACCUUUUACCACUACACCUGUGUCCACUUGUGUGCCUUCAUCACCUCACUCCCUGAGUCGCACUUCCAUCUCCUGGAGCACUCCCUGCUGGAGAUGGUGCUUGGUCCGAAUGCGAUGACGGCCCUCUUGGCCAUGGAUACCUGGUGCUUCCUCGCCCGGUACGGAACAGCAGACCUGUGCGCUCAUCAUGCAUUUAUAGUGGCAUCUUUGCUGAAAGCUUGUCCUGCCGAGCACCACCAAGUCUCUGUCCUGGGUGUCCUGCUGAGGCGGCUGCUCUUCCUGAUGGCUGCAGAGCAUCAGGCGGCAUUUACCCAAAACUUCUCCCCCAAAGACGCUGAGAAUCUGCCGCUGUGGCAGCAUCUUUCUCUCUUGGCGCUGGUACCCGUGCUGAGACAGCAAGUCGCUCACGAGCUCUUUGCGGCUGGACUUGGGCAGUGUCAGGAGUGGCUGAGCAGUGAAAGGUUGACGGAAGAACUUCCCCGAGUGAACGCUGCCCUCGCGGCCUUGCUGUCGGCGUGCCAGACCGCUGGAGAGGCGCUGGAGGAGGGACAGCGAGCCACACUGGUCGACACCCUUCGCCAGCUCCUGGGAGCCUUGCCGCCUGCUCAGGUCUCCAGCUUGCCCUGCCUGCAGCAGGCCUUUUGUGGGACGCUCUGCCUUCUGCAGCUCUUCAUCCAGAUGUUAGAGCCACAGCUGCUGAUUCAGAUCCUCGCACUGCAAGUGUCGCUGCUCCAGCUGAAUCCCCCAGACCACCUUCUCAUGGCCACCCUAGACUUUCUCUCUUCAAUGGGGAAAGCCAUCAUUCCACCAAAUUUCCAGGAACAGGUUCUGCCCAAGCUGUCCUGCUUGUUCUCCUCUUUGUUGGCCAGUGGCAGCUGGCUGAUUCAACAGCAUGCCGUGGAAGCGUUCACUCAGUUUGCAGAGGGAACCAGCCACGAAAACCUGCUUCCCCAGUGUCUGAACAAUGAAGAAAUAAAAAGCACGGUGGUUCGCUUCCUGUCAAAGGACUACCACAUAGACGAGACAGCAGAAGCCAGAGCAGAACGCAUGAAAGAUGAAGAUGCUCUGCUUAGGUGCCGCUUACAGGAAGUGUCAGCAGACAGACAAAGGGCCCUGAUCUUACAGCCCUCCCCCGAAAGAGCCCACUCCUCCUCUCCCCGCGAGGCCGAAUACAAGUCUGCCGUGGACACUGCCGAGGAGAUGCUGGAGCUCAUGAAGCAGCUGCUGCAGAAGGGCCCCCCGCCCCCCUGGCUCGCCCGGAAGCUGGCGGCGAUGCAGAGCACGCUGGACACCUUGAGGAGCCGUGUGUGCUGACCGGGCCGCGUCCUCUCCCCCUGCAGACGGCCAGGGCAGCUCUCCCCAGGCCCCACUGCCAGAAGCCAGAGCAGCAACCCGGCUGGCCGGUGGUGGUCCGGAGUCUAGUUACUGUGUUGUAUGUUCAUGGUAUUUAUUUAUGCAAGGUUUUGUGGGCUUGCUGAACCAGAAAGUAAAGGCAGAAAAUCAUCAUUUACCAUAAGCAAGUGAACAAGGACUAAGCAUAAAUGCCCAUGUGUACUGUUCUCUUGUCCACAACUGCUUACAUUAUACCUACAGCUUUGUAAACACAUCCCAAAAUCUUGCGUGUUCACUGGUGGAAUCAGAACCAUGCAGUGGCCCGGUUCUCAGAAAAAUAGUGUACACAGACAUUGGGUUAGUGGAUUAUCCAUUUAUUUUCCCUAGAAUUCCACAAACAAUAAUAAUUGUGGAAAAAUAAAAUCACGCAUCUGCAGUAUCUUCAUCCAGUGACGCCUGCCUCUUCAGCACGUGGGGCAGGAGGCCCUCCCUAGGUUUAGUAUCUGCAUUGCAAGAAAGAAAGGCAAGCACCUGUGCAGGCUGCAAAAACAGCGAAUUCGUGCGUGCUUGCGCAGUGGGCCUUGGAGAGACUUCGCCCGCAGAGCCCAUGGCCGGCCGCCUCACCAGUUGGUGCCAUCUUCCCAAUGCAGGUCCUCCUCUUCUUCCCAGCCAACAACGUCCACCUAGAAUUAACGGUAAAAGCAUUAACCAUGCCAGCAAAAUCAGUAAUGAUCUAGCAGCCGCGCUGCAUUGGUGGGGGAACCGCAGCUCAGUCUUCCUGCCAUGGCCCUGAGGCAGCCACAGAUGGGUCAAAGUGGUUGCCCUCAGAAGCUAUUUUCGUGGAACCAUUUUUUGAUGCAAAAAAUAAUACAAAAUAAAAGUAUACUUUUCUUACAUAA